CUCAUUAUCUCUCCAACGACGCUGUGGUGCAAAUGCUGUCAAGGGCAGAUUACACCCGCUUACAACGUGCCCAAAGCUGAGAAGAUCUCGACACCCCUUCGAGGCAAGGGGGUCUCGAGUCACAGAACGCACUCGUGUCAAGAUGGCACUCAAUUGGACCAUGGUGGAUGAGGAUGGAAGGAGACCUGUGCCUCUGCCGCACGAAAAGGUGUUCUAUUCCGUCGAGCAUUGUCAGAUCAGCUUGCAGUCUGGCGCGUCCAGCAAGAAGCUAGAGUCGAAAGGCACGGCGUUCUGCACGAAUCAGCGGGUGCUCUUCCUGGAGCAACCCUUUGCCGGUCAGCAAUCAGCUUCGCAUCAAGAUACAUCAACCGCGCCCACUCAGCUACACUCCCUCUCUGUGCCGUUGAAUCAUUGGCAAGAUGCUCGCUACAUGAUUCCCAUAUUCGGUCAAGCCUACUACGAAGCUAGAAUCUUGGCCGUUCGUGACGGAGGCCUGUGGGAUGGAAGCACAAACGAUAGCUCGGCCAGGAUGUCCCUCGUCAAGAUCUGGUUCAACGAAGGUGGCGGGUCCCUUUUCAAGGAUGCGGUCGAAGAGGCCAAAAACAGGUUGGAACAAGGUGCUGCAUCUGCUCAUUUCGAAGCUUUGCCUACCUACUCGCCGCCGCCUCCAGGAUCUAGUGUAAACGCAGCAGCUAGCAUUCCAGCCCCAGCCACUUCAGCACAAACAGCGGCUCCCUCCACUGCAUUGACGACGCACAUCACGGGCGCAAGCGAGGCUCAGUCGACCGACUCUAUGCCUGGACAGGCCGAUCUGGCCGCAGCUGCCGCCGCAAGGGAAGCGGAAGAGGAGGAAGAGGUGCAGCGAGAGCGAAGAGCUUCGGUCAUUCAAGCUGCGCCAGGCGCAAAUGAGCUAGACUCGAGAGCGCCUCGAGCAAACCCAGAUUCUGGAAAGCACGGCGAUCUCCCUGGCUACGACGAAGCUACCUCGUCGGCUCGCCGAAGGUGAUUGUGCCUACAAACGUCUUCCAGACGCGAUGUUCGUCCGACUCGAGUCGGUGAUGAAAGUGACAUUGCAUCGUCGUAUAAGUGAGG